AUGGAAGAUAAGAAUCAAACGCCAGUGACAGAAUUCCUUUUCUUGGGUUUCACAGAUGAGCUGUCUCAGCAGCUCGCUCUCUUCGUCAUGUUUCUCAUCAUCUACCUGGUCACCGUGUGGGGUAACCUGGGAAUGAUCGUACUGAUAUGGACUGACUCCAGACUCCACACGCCUAUGUACUUUUUUCUUAGCCAUCUGUCCUUUGUGGAUGUUUGUUCCUCUUCUUCCAUUGCCCCGAAGAUGCUGUGCGAUAUCUUUGUGGAGAAAAAAGGUAUCUCCUUCCUGGGCUGUGCUGCGCAGCUGUGGUUCUUCGGUCUCUUUGUGGCGACCGAAUGUUUCCUCUUGGCUUCCAUGGCGUAUGACCGGUACGUAGCCAUCUGCAAGCCCUUGUUGUACACCCUGAUUAUGUCCCAGCGGGUCUGCGUGCAGCUGGUGGUAGGACCUUACGCUGUGGCUCUUUUAAGCACUAUGACUCAUACAACAUUGGCUUUUUGCUUACCUUUCUGUGGUCCGAAUAUCAUCAAUCAUUUCUUCUGUGAUAUUUUACCACUGCUUUCCCUGGCAUGUGCGGACACCUGGAUCAAUAAGUUGUUGCUUUUCACCUUGGCUGGAACCAUAGGAGUCCUCAGUGGCCUGAUAAUCAUGGUCUCCUACGUCUGUAUUUUGAUGGCCAUCUUGAGAAUUCAGUCGGCUGAUGGAAGACAGAAAGCCUUCUCCACUUGUUCUUCUCAUUUAACAGCUGUCUCUAUCCUUUAUGGGACUCUUUUCUUUAUUUAUGUCCGACCCAGCUCAAGUUCAUCCCUGGGCAUAAAUAAAGUCAUUUCUGUAUUUUAUACUGUGAUAAUUCCAAUGUUGAACCCCUUAGUUUAUAGUCUGAGGAACAAGGAGGUGAAAGAUGCCUUCAAGAGGAAGUUCAACAGAAAGAGCUUUCUAAUAGCUAGUUUUGUAGCCCUUAAUGUAGAAUGUGAAAUUGAGAGAACCCUGGACUUGGGAUAA